GCGAACCAGCGAGGCGAGAAAGAUAUAAAAAUAUUUAAUUCCAUCAAGCAGUUCGUUUCAUUACCACCAGCAAACAUUCCUGUCGUUCAAAUAAAAUCUCAAGUGUCCAAAUCCUCCGGUAGAUUCCCAUGUGACCUCUUAAAGCGCGGAAAAUGAGCCGUUCUGACGAUGCCCAGAGCCAAACAGGCCCUAAACGUCUACCAAGCUGUCUCGACAUAUUCAGGGUAAAGAGUCUGAGUUCGGGCAUUUUUAAAUAUGUGAAAACCCAAUUUUACAAGAAUCCACGCCGAAUCUGCGAAAUAUAGAACAUCGCUAUAAAAAGGUGUCGACGCCGAUAUCAUGCGGACGAAAUCCACAGGAUCAGCCCAAAGGUGUGAUUGUUUGCUGGCCGCCGGGCAAAAAAGUCCAUAACUGGGCCACAUUGAAGCUGAUCGCCUGGUUUGCGGCCCACACCUUGUACUUCCUGUACAUCACCGGCAUCCUACCCAGUGGCAGUUCGAUUC